GGAAAGCUUCUUCUUCUAAUACAAAAUGAUAUUUGAUUUGAUGAUGAUGAUGAUGAUGAUGCUUCUCUCUCUCUCUCUCGUGUCACCGAAUUUAUAAAUAGUAGCAGCAAACAGUAAUAAGAAAAAUAUGUAUGUAAUGUAAAGCAUGUCUUUCCUCAUCACCUACUCCUGACAACUCCACCUUUCUUCUUUCCCAAUUUUUAUAAACCCCCAGCCCAACCCCAAAACACCCUCUUCCUUUUCCUCAUUCUUCACAAUGUCCCUUCUUUUUUCCCUUCUUCGUUUUCCCUCUUUACACGCUUCUCUACUUUAGUUUUUGCUUUUUCUGUUUAUUGUCUGCAGAGCACAAGACUCUCUUGAUAUAGGACCAAGCACCGCUUCACAUUCAGGUUUGAUUUGGCAUCAGCAGAAAAUGGCAUCCGAUCUUAAGAAAAGUCUAACUAAACAAUACGUUGGUAUACAGUUGUGGGUAUUACUUGUAAUUUGUCUAGGAGUGGUUUGUGCGGUGAUCAUGGUGGUUUCACUGUGGCUCACUUUCAGAAAGAAAACUCGGAGAAACAGCAUGCUUCCUGUUAGUCAAAGACCCAAGGUUUCAGAAGAAAUUAAAGAGAUUGGUAUUGAUCAAAAUUCAGCAAAUAAUGGUGGUUUUCUUAGCCUUAAUGAUAAAUUUAGUGACAAAGAAUCAGAAAAAGUAUUGAUUCAAUUAGAAAAUGGUGAUGAUAGCAGCCAGUCAGGUUCCUUCACUCACGUUGACAAAGAUGGAGUUGGGUCUCAAUUAGGAGAAGGGGGAGCCACAUGCACAGCUUCUUCCUACAGACCUUCUUCACAUCCCUUGACUGCCCCUUCACCCCUUUCUGGUCUGCCUGAAUUUUCACACUUGGGUUGGGGUCAUUGGUUUACCCUCAGAGAUCUACAAGUCGCAACAAACCGGUUUUCCAAGGAUAAUAUCAUAGGCGAUGGUGGAUAUGGAGUUGUAUAUCAGGGCCAUCUGAUGAAUGGUACACCUGUGGCUGUCAAGAAGCUCCUUAACAAUCCGGGACAAGCUGAUAUAGAUUUUAGAGUGGAAGUAGAGGCCAUUGGUCAUGUGCGACAUAAAAACCUAGUUCGACUUCUGGGGUAUUGCAUUGAAGGGACCCAGAGGAUGUUGGUAUAUGAGUAUGUCAACAAUGGCAAUUUAGAGCAAUGGCUUCAUGGGGGCAUGCGCCAGCAUGGCUAUCUUACUUGGGAGGCUCGCAUGAAAAUUCUACUUGGCACUGCUAAGGCGCUGGCUUAUUUGCAUGAAGCCAUUGAACCAAAGGUGGUGCACCGAGACAUAAAAUCAAGCAACAUAUUAAUUGAUAACAAUUUUGAAGCUAAGAUAUCUGAUUUUGGUCUGGCCAAAUUGCUGGGUGCUGGAAAAAGUCAUAUAACAACUAGAGUCAUGGGUACAUUUGGUUAUGUUGCUCCUGAAUAUGCCAAUUCUGGUCUUCUGAAUGAGAAAAGUGAUGUUUAUAGCUUUGGAGUUGUGUUAUUAGAAGCAAUUACUGGAAGAGAUCCAGUUGAUUAUGGUCGCCCUGAGAAUGAGGUAAAUUUGGUCGAGUGGUUGAAGAUGAUGGUUGCAAGAAGACGUUCAGAAGAGGUUGUAGACCCAAUGAUUGAGACAAGACCAUCAACAAGUGCUCUUAAGCGAGCUCUUCUAACCGCUUUAAGAUGUGUUGAUCCAGAUGCUGAAAAAAGACCAAAGAUGAGCCAAGCAGUUCGAAUGCUUGAAUCAGAGGCAUAUACUAUACCCAGAGAGGAUCGAAGACGCCGAAAGAAUCAGUCAGCAAUUAUGGAUGCAGAGUCUCAAAAGGAGAAUUCUGAUAAUGAUAAGAGUGACAUUCCAGAUUUGAAGACAGAAAGUAGAAGGGGAAAUCAGGUGUAGAUAUGGAACGUGAUUCGUAUAUGCACAAGUAAAUGAAUUUCAUUACACAAUUCUUUUGGUCAUCCAAAGCCUUGGGAUGUCCAUAUCAGCUGCAGUUGAGGGGAGGAAGCUAAACCAAGGCAUUUGAAGGAUGGGGCGUUCUGAAUACUUCUUUUUUUUUUUUUUUUUUUUACAUAUUAGUGAUUACUUGUAGAUUGUGUAGAGAAGAUUAGUUUGUGUCUGAAAGUUGGCUUGUAAAAGGACACCCUAACCAGGAGUGGUGUGUACAGAUCUUGGCGAUUUUGGUUUCUAUACUUUUGAGUUAAUUUUUCUCUAA